UUUAAAAGAGGUUUCCAGCCUCCUGGUUUGCACUCAGGUGGGAGAGGUUAUCAUGGAGAGAGCUGUGGUGCACGUCAUCCUCUUUGGGCUGCUGCUGGCCUUGGUUACAGGUCUGCCAAACAAGGAGGAUUGGGACAUCUACAGCUUUCACAUCAACGCCACAGUGACCAGUCGUUAUGCCACCACUGUCAUUACAAGCCGUGUGGCCAAUCGCAUGGACGAGUCCAAGGAAAUAGAGUUCCACGUCCGGAUUCCCAAGAAUGCCUUCAUCAGUAAAUUCAAAAUGUUUAUAGAUGGGCAGGCGUAUGAUGGUGUUGUGAAAGCUAAGGAUCAGGCUCAGAAGCAGUACAGUGACGCUGUGUCCAGCGGACAGAGCGCUGGGAUUGUCAGUUCUGUUGGGAGGACCCUGGAGGAAUUUAAGACUUCUGUCAAUGUGGGUGCUCACAAAAAGGUGACCUUUGAACUCACAUACGAGGAGCUGCUGAAACGCCGGCUUGGCAAGUACGAGCUGCAAAUCCACGCUCGCCCCAUGCAACCUGUCAAAGACUUCAAGGUGGAUGUGUAUAUUCACGAGAACGCCGGCAUCAGUUUCAUUAACGUUCAAGGAGGACUGAGCACCAAUGCCCUGGCUAAUGCCAUCACCAAAACACACGCAGACAAACAGGCGUGGGUGUAUUUCUACCCCACAGAGGACCAACAGAAAACAUGUGAAGGCUGUGGAGAGAAGGGUAUGAAUGGAGAUCUGGUUAUAGUUUAUGAUGUGAACAGAAACGCCUCACUGGGAGACAUUAAGAGAUCGGUUGGGUAUUUUGUUCAUCACUUCGCUCCGCAUGAUCUUCCCCGAAUACCCAAGAAUGUCGUCUUCAUUAUUGAUCAAAGUGGCUCCAUGCAUGGCAGAAAGAUUCAACAGACAAGAAUAGCAUUAAUCCAUAUCUUGGGUGACCUGGCAGAAGAUGACUACUUUGGUCUCGUAUCCUUUGACAGUGAAAUCUUUCACUGGAAACGAGAACUUGUUCAGGCCAGCAAACAAAACCUGAAGAGUGCCAAGAAAUUUGCUGAGAAUAUAAACGAUAGAGGAGCCACGGACAUUAACAUAGCAGUGUUGGAAGGAGCCCGCAUGCUGAACGCACAUCCCAGAGAAGGUUCAGCGUCAAUCCUGAUACUUCUCACUGACGGAGACCCAACUUCAGGUGUGACAGAUCUGAACCAAAUACAGUCAAAUAUAAAGAACGCCAUUGCAGACAAAUUCCCACUCUACUGUCUUGGUUUUGGUUAUGAUGUCAACUUUAAGUUCCUCGAGACGAUGUCGCUGCAGAACAAUGGUGCGGCACGGCGGAUUUAUGAGGACUCUGAUGCUGAUUUACAGCUGAAGGGUUUCUAUCAAGAGGUGGCCACUCCUCUGCUGACAGAUGUGACAAUGAUAUAUUUGGGUGGGACCAAUCUAACCCAGACUAACUUCAGCCAGUAUUAUGAUGGCUCUGAGAUCGUGGUGGCCGGUCAGAUCUCUGACAACAACCUUGAAACCUUUAUUCCGCAAGUUGUGGCCAUCUCUGGGACUAGCAAGGUGAUGUUUUCGGAAACAAACAUCACUGAAAAAGUGUCUGAUGACCACAUCCAGAGGGUUUGGGCCUACCUCACAGUCAAACAGCUUUUGGAGAAAGAACUGCAGUUAUCUGGACCAGAGAAGGACAAAGUAAAGGAGGAGGCCAUGGAGCUGUCAUUGAAGUACAGCUUUGUGACCCCACUUACAUCCAUGGUGGUCACCAAGCCUUCAGGAGAGAGCACAGAUGUGCUCCAUAAGCCCAAGGAAGGUGCUACACACACAGAGCAACGGAGGGGUGGUUCUGCAGGAGGUUUAGCAGGAGGUUGUGCAGGAGGAGGUUGUCAUACCCUACAUAGGGGGACAGGUGGUCUCACAAGAGGUCAGGCAGGUGUCCCUGGUCGUCGUGCGAACUCUAUGCCAGGCAGAACGAUGUUUGGAGGCUAUGGUGCUGGUGGUCUCCCUGGCCAUCGUAUGAGCUCUAUGCCAGGCCUCUCAAAGUCAACAUUUCUCCCCAUGCCAUUCCUGGACAUAGAGGCUAUAGAAGAAUACGAUUCUCCUUCAUUUAUUGCUGCUACUGUUGCUACUGCUACUACUGCUACAGGUCCUUUAUCUCACAGGUUUUUGCUCAAAGAUGGCGGUCACUCUAUUCCACUGUGCUUUGACAUCAUUGGAAAUAAACGCCUUCAACUACUUCACAGUCCCAGCAGGGAGUUGACUGUGAACGGUGAGCUUGACUCAGUACAAGAUGGGGGUUUCACAAAGAUCGUCAUCCACGUCAAAACUGACCAUUUCAUUGAGAUUGACGUCAAUGGAGUCACUGUACGAGAGGGACAGACAGUGACACACCAUACUGGAGAGGAGACCAUCACAGCUGGAAGUUUGACGCUGAUUAAACGGAGCAUGGAAGUUGAUGUUGCCAUUGGGGACAUACGAAUUGCCAUCUUACUUCAUGAGAAGCAAGGUGAAAAAUUCCUGUGGCCGGCUUUAAGGCUGCAGCCAUCUGAUAACAGCACUGGAGGAAUUUUAGCUCUGAAACUUCCUGUUUAUAAGGAGUUGCGGCAUCCUUCCUUCACCAAGCUUAAGAUCAAUGAGCAGACGAUGGACGCGGUCAUAACCGGUGCUGUUGACUACAGUAAUGCCCCCCCCCCACAAAUGGGUUGCUGGCUCGUCUCUGCCGAUGCUGCCCUGCAGAGACCCCUGCAGGACUUCCACGUCGCACAGCUUUAAUUGAGAGCAACGCUGUAUUUCUUGAGAAGAUGUUCAACCUGUUAUACGACAUAUAUGAAUAAACAGUGUCCCAGA